UGUCUGCAGCUGAUUCUCGAACCGGUCCAGCUCUUCUGAAGGAUACAUCUUUUGAAAUGAGCCCCAGUCACAGAAAGAGGCAGAAACAGCUUCAGCAACUGCUGCAAUUUAUCCAAACACUAAUGACACCGGUGUGGCCAAACCAGUCCAGUGAGCAGCAGUUACAAAACGUUCCAUUUGACAACUUCCCUACAUGUGCAUGUCAAAGUUGAAUAGUUUGGAUGCAUCAUCCCUCUGACCUUGCCAGCAAUGGAACCUCCCACUGAGGACAGCUCCUAACUGAGGGAGCGGGAUGAGACGCUGAGGGGAGCAGAACGUCAAAACGAGCAGACAUACAGAGUGACACAUAACAACCCCAAAGCAAUUCAGCCCCAUCUGGUAUAACCUCAACCACGAGACACUGCUGUUUUCUUUCUCGAAAAAGACUCACGUCACUGAACACUGAAAGGGGAACUUCCAGAGUUUGUGAUGAAGAUGUAUGAUAAACAGCUCUGCUCACACCAGCUCGCAGGGCUGCCUGCGUCAAUAAAAGGCGGCAGCAGAGGCAGGGAGCUGUCACUCGCGGCUGGAGGAUCAUCAUGGCCAGGGGCGCUUCACUUUAAGCCAAGGAAAAUGCCUGGAUUCUUUUUCUCCCACAACAACAUGACUGAAUUAAAUGGGAAAGAAGAUUGCAAGCUUGCAAAAGGCAAAGUCCAUAAAAAGAAGCAAAAGGCUUUUGGUGCAGAUUUCAAAAGUUAUUUGAAGUGCAUGGUGCCACAUAUUGAAUCUGGGAUCAAGACUUCCAGCUCUAGAAAUGUCAUGCUUUCUGCAGAGGAAGUCAUUCAGUGGUCACAAUCUUUGGAAAAGCUCUUGGCCAGCCAAAGUGGUCAAGGUGUCUUUCGGGAGUUCCUGAAGUCAGAGUUCAGUGAGGAAAACAUUGAGUUCUGGCUGGCUUGUGAGGAUUACAAGAAAACCAAGUUUGAUCACUUACAUGGCAAAGCAGAGAGGAUUUACGAGGAGUUUGUUCAGUCAGAUGCCAUCAAGCAGAUCAAUAUUGACUAUCAGAUGAGGGAAGCAACAGCCAAAAAGGCUCAAGACCCAACUCACACAAGUUUUGAUGAAGCCCAGAAAACAGUGUACAUCCUUAUGGAAAGAGAUUCAUAUCCAAGAUUUUUAAAAUCCAAAUCCUACCUGAACCUUUUGAACCAGCUGCAAACCAACACUUCAAAAUAAAGUGUCUGAGGCGUGAAGAGCCAAGGAGACUCUAUCAAAUAUCCUGUGAAGAGAUCCUCCACAGUGGUUGGAUCUUGCCAAGGAAAAUCCCUGUCUUGGGAGGAAGAGUAUGAGAGAGAUACAAACAGCUUCACAGGCAACAGGAUGCAGGAUAAAAGCGGGUGAUGCUGUCAUAAGGGUGAGAGCAGCACAGGGAGAAAACGCCUUCCUCCCGCACGCCACGGAGUCAAGGCAGGACAUGGAAACCAAGGCUUGAUCUGCACUAUGAACACUGAACCAUGUCUUAGAUCCCAGAGUACUGCUGAUUGUUAGGAAGCACAAGACUUGUGAGCUGAGCAUUGGGAAAAGAUUAUCAAGUGCAGAAGAAGAACGAGGAUGACUGACAAUUUUUGGCAUAACAAGAAAAUGCCAAGACAAUGACAUCUCUUUUAAAAAUAUGUGAAGUGUUAAUAGGUGUGAGUUCCACAAUGCUGUUGUGCUAUGUAAAUAUAUUCUAAAUUGGUAUGUCUUAAAAUCUCUAUGGUUUAAAUUAUGUAAGAUUUGUAUAAGCUGUAUUUUUAUUAAGUUGAUAUUCAACAGACAGGUAUGUAGCAUCUUUGCUGUUUAAUUUAUUGAAAAAUAAUAAGUAACUCGUCAUUAAAAUACAGUUCAAAAUAAAGAUUUAUAGUG